CAUUCUCGUUUACAAUAGAUGCAAUUUUAUUUUCAGAAAAUUGUGAAAAACGUAACUCCUUUUGUAGAAUUGGUUUUGAAUUUACAGUACGGUAUUCGAUUUUUCAAGAGUAUUUUCUUGCCUAUUUUACUGUAUACAAUCUUCUAUUUAAUCAAUCAUUUACACAACUCUUUUAAAAAAGAACCACAGGCUCAAGCCUAAAACUGUUUUAUUUCUUAUUUAUUUUCCGAUUCUUGAUUGUGAUUUUUUUGUUUGAUCAAUUGAUCUUUUAAAACUCUACACAGAGAAAGCAGGGCGUAAAACAUUCAGAUUUGCCAUUGUAGAAGAUACGGCAUACGGCUGUAGUUGAUUCACUUUAAGUUGUCAGCAUUGAUUUAAUGGGAAGCAUUGAUGUUAUUCAUGAGAAACCUCAGAAAUUUUGAAUGAAAUAUCUUCAUAAAUGGAAGGCAAUCAAUAUUUUUUAAACAAUUUAUCAAAUUUUGUAUUUAUACUUUUUACUAUGAUACUGUCCCUUUUGAAUAUGCUAUUUUUUGUUUUGACUGAUCUAUUUUUUAGUAUAGUUAAUUUAAAAAUUUAAAUGUUUUUAGAUUCUCUUCCUUGUUUUUUGAAUGAGCAUAACAAAUUAAUCAAGCUCCCCCUUCCUUGCACAGUUCCUACCUGCUUUCAAAGUUUUUACAAUCAUGUUUACUACGUUGCUAUAGUAACUAUACUGGCUUCUUGAAAUUAGAAAUUGCUAUCUGUUAUAUCAAAGACAAAAUUUCAUCAUGAUUAGCGAUAAAUUGGAGCCCGAUACAAGAGACUGCUGGAGUCCGAAGUACCGGAACGAUAGUCGUCCAUGGCUGAUAGCGCCCGCUUGCAACAAUGCGGCAUGCGGCGACGCUGGAGGCAUGCUGACAACCACCAACCGAGUGGUGUUCACACACAAGUGUCCCGAUGGCAUGCGGCCACAGAGGCAUGUGGGCAGACGGCGGCAGCUGAUGGAGGACCAACUCUGGCAUCAGGUCUCCCAACAGAUCAAGGCGGAGCUGGAGAGAUGCAGGGCUGACGAGGCGCUGGAGAAGUCCGAAUAUGCUAAACAGUUUGCUGCGAAUGAGUUCACUCCUAGCUCUGUGUGCGAUGAUGUCUUGCAGAUGAAAACCCAGUACCCCUUGUAUGAGAGUGUGGCCCAAAGUGUUUGGAUGGAGAAGAAGAAGGAUCUGUGCGGAAGGACCUGCACUUCACUCAACGAGCCCAAUGGCGUAUUUCAUAGAAGUUCUGCAUUUUCAAAGCCACUGCAUGAGAUUCUUGAUCUUCCAAAAGAAAGUUCCAUCGGUUACAAGUGAUUCAUGUGUUUCCAAAAUUUUAACUCUAAAAUUAAUGAGAAUUACCGGUAUUCAUAUAAGAAACAAGCUAAAUUGAUGUUUUCAAAUGAAUUGAGAGCAAAUUUGAUGUAGGCCUAUUUUUGCUUAUAUGAAAUCAUUGUUCUUGCACUUGGUGAUCGUACUUUUAUGUAAACUUGAAAAAAUCUUCAAGUUGGAUGAAUCGAUUAACCUGGUACUACUAAGAAAUUAUCCUUGAAUUGCAGAUUUUUUCGAUGUGACAUGAGAUAAACCUUGGUGAGGUCAUUGCAAUCUACUGUAAACUUGUAUUCCAUAUAUUUUUGAUUUUGAGCCUUUUUUAUCUCUACAGUAACCUUGGUUGUAUCUCUACAGUAACCAGCAUUGUAUUCAAUUGUAGUUAUUCCUAAAUCUUGAUAAAAGGUCAAAUACAUUUUUUACUCCAAUAU